UUACCAUUUUUCUUUUUCUUUACAUUUUUUAUUUUAUUUUAUUUUUUAUCCCCCCACCCCCCAAAGAAGAUCUCUGUUCCGAGAGCCAAGCCGGCAAGAUCAAUGAAGGAGAGAAGAGCCAGCCAGAAACUCUCCGGCAAAUCGAUCAUGGAUCCUAAUCAGAACGUGAAGUGCAAAAUAGUGGUGGUGGGCGAGAGCCAGUGUGGGAAAACCGCCCUGCUGCAUGUAUUCGCCAAGGAUUGCUUUCCCGAGAACUACGUGCCCACCGUGUUUGAGAAUUAUACGGCCAGUUUUGAGAUUGAUACGCAGAGGAUAGAGCUCAGCUUGUGGGACACCUCGGGAUCACCUUAUUAUGACAACGUUCGGCCCCUCUCCUACCCAGAUUCUGAUGCCGUUUUGAUUUGUUUUGACAUCAGUAGACCAGAGACCCUGGACAGUGUGCUAAAAAAGUGGAAAGGUGAGAUCCAGGAGUUCUGUCCAAACACCAAAAUGUUGCUGGUUGGCUGCAAGUCAGAUCUCCGCACGGACGUGAGCACGUUAGUGGAACUGUCCAACCACAGACAGACACCCGUAUCGUACGACCAGGGGGCCAACAUGGCGAAGCAGAUCGGCGCAGCCACUUACAUCGAGUGCUCGGCCCUGCAGUCGGAAAACAGCGUCCGGGACAUUUUCCACGUGGCCACGCUGGCUUGCGUCAACAAGACGAACAAAAACGUGAAGCGGAACAAAUCCCAGCGGGCCACAAAGCGCAUCUCCCACAUGCCCAGCCGGCCAGAGCUCUCGACCGUGGCCACGGACUUACGGAAGGACAAAGCGAAGAGCUGCACCGUGAUGUGAGCAGGCUGGCUCCCGCCACGGGGGAGGACCCGAGGACGCAAGCAGGAAGGUGGUUGUGGGGAGACCCCCCCCCCCCAAAAAAAAAAAGAGGGGAAAGGGGGAUGGUCUGAACGAAUAUUUCUGGGACACCCCCUGUGCACCUCACCUCCUCUGGGUUCCCGACCUUGGGGCUUCGGCGUGUCGGCCAACCGGGGGGAAGAGGAGACUUUGGAGGGCUCCAACUCACGACUUGGAAGACGAUGCCAAAAUUUUGACAAGGGAACGGUUAGGGCCGGAAGGAGGUGCGGAGGGAAAAUGGGGGCUUCUGAAAAGGAAGAUCUCAUCCUCAAAGGUGCUGGCUUUUUUAUUUUUCUUCUUUUAAAAGCUAUUCUCAGAGAUCUCCUUUGAUUUAAUUAAGAAAUGUUUUAAGCUCCUCUUAAAAAAGAAAAUGAGGAUAUUAUUAACCUGCCUGCUUCACUGGGGAGCUGGCCCCAUGGCCAAAGAGUUUGGUCUAAUUUCCUUCUGGCUCAUCCCAAAAAUGGAAAUUAUCUCAAGACCCAGGGGGUUGCUAGAGAAAAAAGACCCCAGGCUUUGAAAUCUCGCCUUCCUGAGAGAACAGGACCGGAUAACAAUGAAGAAAACCUUUCGGUUUCCCUUGAUCCGCAGAAGGGCGCAAGGGAGGAUGGAAUAGACGCCUGUCCUGAACUGUCAGAGCGGAUAUUUCUGUCCGUCAUCGUGAGUGGAUUUGUUUGGUUUUUUUAAGUGGUAAUAAACUCGACUUGGUGUUUAUGCCCUCACUGAUGAAAUAUGGCGUGGGCCACACGUACCUUGCUCGGCCAGAGGGCAAGUUCCAAAAGACAGGCCAUGGGAGUCUAUCACACUGUGGCCACUGAUUGUAUCCCGGCAUCCUCAAGCAGGUGCUGAGAGGAUGAGGGAGCGAUCGCGGGUUGGUUGUCAAAAAGGCUAGCCGACUGUGUCCGAAGGAGUAGGGCUCCACGUUGUAUUCGUGCGGAACUGUGAGAAGCAGAGUGGCCUAGUGGAAAGAGCUCGGGCUUGGGAGUCAGAGGACCUGGAUUCUAAU